AUGGCGCUCAUGAUGGCUACGAGGCCUUAUCCCGAGCCAACUGGUUGCUUUAUAGAUGGGGAACCUUGUAUCAGAACAAGCUUCAAGGUGCCGGCAAAGUGGCCUGGCAAAGACGAUAAGGUCGCCCAGAUGUAUGUUGAGUGCCUGGAGCCCAUGGUGGUCCGCCAUAGGGAUCCCGUCGUCCUGAUCCACGGUGAUUUUCACCAUGGCAUCGUUUGGUUCACAAAGCCCGAUGGUAGCCCGGGCUGGGCUGCCUUUUUCCUCAAGAGAGGCUGUCGCGUGUAUGUCGUUGACUUGCCGGGCAGCGGCCAGUCCUACAUACCGAAUGAUUUCGAUCUUUGUUCCGACUUCAUGGAUGCUGAACAGAAGAUGAGCGAGAAGAGCGUUGAGAAUCAACUUACUGCUCCCGAGAGGAACAUCGUUGGAGGCACUGCCGCAUGGCCAACUGCUGGUCUGCACAACAAGUGGCCCGGAACUGGCCAGCGUGGUGACCCGGCCUUUGACGAGUAUAUGAAGUCUCAACAAGUUCUCUUUCUGCAAAAAGCGGUCCGUCAAAAGCUUGCUCAAAAUGGCCUCUGCAGUCUUCUCAAGGCCAUCGGAAAAGCAAUCUUGAUUGGACAAGGAGCUGGAUGUACAGCGGCCUGGCUUGCCGCCGAUGCGAUGCCGGAAAUGGUUGCCAAGGUGGUUGCAAUCGAGCCGGCUGGACCACCUGCUGCCAAGGCUCACAUUAACCACCAUGGGGGCCGAAAGUACAGCUCGUGGCUGAGCAGAGACGAUAGCAUGCGAAAGUACGGGCUUGCGGAUGUUCCUUUGACCUUCAACCCGCCGGCAAAAGAGCCACCUCAGGGCCCUGCUCUGGAUCUCGAAGUCCGCCAACAUCCCAACAACUCGGGUUGCUAUAUGGCCCAGAAAUACGUGCCAGGAUGCGUGGUUCCCACAAAGGAUGCGCCACUCAAGUAUGGACAAGAAUCUGUACCACAGCUGGUUCAGCUUAAACAGAUGGAUCACGCUGUUUUCACUGCUGAGGCGAGCUCUCAUAGGAUGUUUGACUGGGCUACCGUGAUGUUCAUGAGACAGGCUGGUGUCUCGGUGGAUCACUUCGAUCUGGCACAGUUUGGAGUCACUGGAAACGGGCACUUGAUGUUCUUAGAGACGAACAGCGAUGAGAUUGCUGCUAUGGUGGCUGGUUGGACCGGGAUGCCUGGUGAAUACAAGCCUGAAUCUUACGCGGUUAUUGAUAUCAGCCAAAUCCAUGACCAAGACGAAAAACAAAAUCAGGAGCAGAAUCAAGAGCAGGGCCAGGAGCAGAGCCAGGAGCAAGGCCACGACAAAGCGCCUCCUCAAGCUGUGGAGGCCUUUGAAGCUACGCAAGAAACGUCGUUGAAACGUCCUCGAGGUCGAGAUGAUGAUGGCGACGAUAAUUUGCCUGCUACAAAGCGCUUGGACGCUAACACUGGUCUUCAAUCCCCCCAGGCUCAAACCACAGAGAGUUCAACUCUUGCUUCUCUUUCUGUGGAGCCACAGUACAUCCAACCAGCGCUGUUGCUUCAGUACAAUGCAAGCUACCCCAGUCCAGAAUGUGAUGAGCCACUUCUUCUGAACGAGGAUGCUCUUUUUGCCGAACUAAUUGAUUUCCCGGCACCACAAGAUGAAUUGCCUGCCCUUUAG